CACUAAGACAGUGAGCAUGACUGCAGCAGAAGUGUAACUUCACACGCAGAAGGCAAGAGACACAAACCUCAGUGCAGAUAUGAGUCAAGUGUGGGGGAUUGAGCGCUGUGAUCUGAAUAUUAAGAGCAACAACAGCAGCCAUCAUACGGAGCUGUAUGCUGUGGAGCGUUUGAUUGUCAGGAGGGGACAGCCUUUCAGUGUUAUCUUACACCUGUCACCUGUCAGCAAAGAGUUCAAAGUGGAUGAAACAAGUUUCACAUUCAUCGUUGAAACUGGUCCAUUACCCAGAAAAGAAUCAGAUACAAAGGUUUCCUUCAAUCUACAAGACUCCACAGUGGACACUGAGUGGAGCGCAUCUGCUACUAAUGAUCCUUCUGGAAACGCAGUAACUGUAUCUAUCAGUUCCUCCCCCAAUGCUCCUAUUGGAGUGUAUUCUCUGACUUUAGACCAGUUGGGUCAGAAGACCAGUUUAGGACAGUUCGUCUUGCUUUUCAAUGCUUGGUGCCCCAAGGAUGCUGUUCAUAUGCUGAGUGAGUUGAAGAGGCAGGAGUAUGUUCUAGCACAACAUGGGCAGAUCUACAGAGGAACACUGAAACGGAUCAAAGGAUUGCCUUGGAACUUUGGACAGUUUGAACCAGGAAUUUUAGAUAUAUGUCUGAAGAUUCUGGAUGAUAAUCCCAAAUUUGUGUCUGAUGCUGAUCAGGACAUCUCUGCCAGGAGAAAUCCCAUCUACGUGACCAGGGUGCUAAGUGCCAUGAUCAACAGUAAUGAUGACCGCGGUGUGCUGGUAGGAGAGUGGGGAGAGUUUUCAGGUGGAACUCAUCCCGGACUGUGGAUCAGCAGCGGGGACAUUUUACGGCAGUGGGCAGAAAGUGGUCCGGUCCGCUAUGGCCAGUGUUGGGUCUUUGCUGCUGUUGCAUGCACAGUGUCCCGUGCUUUGGGCAUCCCUUGUCGAGUGGUUACUAACUUUGGAUCAGCUCAUGACACCAAUGCCAACUUGAUAAUAGAAAACCUAUAUGAUGAAAAUGGUGAAAGGCUUGAUGGAUCUGAUUCAAUAUGGAAUUUUCAUGUUUGGGUGGAUAGCUGGAUGACUCGUCCAGACUUGGGGAAUGAGUUUGAUGGGUGGCAAACAAGUGAUCCAACACCACAAGAGAAAAGUGAUGGUGUUUUCUGUUGUGGACCUGCCUCACUGAAGGCCAUCAGAGAGGGAGAGCUCACCACAAAAUAUGAUGCACCUUUUAUUUUUGCUGAGGUAAAUGCAGAUGUUGUGGACUUGGUUCGCCUGUCUAAUGGAAAGUUUGUCCAGUUCAGUGGUUCGACUAAGUCUGUUGGACAGUUUAUCAGCACCAAAGCUGUUGGCUCCAAUGAUAGACAUGACAUCACACACCAGUACAAGUACCCAGAAGGCUCAAAAGAGGAGAGGCGGGUAUUUGAGAAGGCCCAGCACCACAACAAGCUACAGCAGCAAGGAGAAAAGCUUGGGCUUCAUCUGAAGAUCAAGCUGGCUGACAACAUGAUUGUGGGCUCAGACUUUGAGGUGAAUGCUGUCAUUACUAACAACCACAUGGAGGCAAGAAACUGCACUUUUCGCUUCCUUGCCAAAGCAGUCAUCUACAAUGGAAAACUAGGAGACAGCUGUGGAUUUUUAUCAGAAAAAGUGGAGGUGCCAUCUGGAAAAGAAAAGCGCAUUCCCUUCAAACUGGAGUAUGAGAGAUAUGGAACAGCAAUCAGCUCUGACAGGCUGAUCCAGCUGACAGCCAUCACUACUGACAAACAGACCAUAGAUUAUCAUAAGGUUGAAAAGACAAUUGUGCUAGAUGAGCCGGAUAUACAGAUCAAGCUGGUGGGGGAAGCCACAGUCAACCAGCUUGUGACAACAGAGCUGACCAUGUUUAACCCUUUACCAGAACCACUGCUGGACUGCAGCUUCACCUUGGAGGCUGCCGGCCUUACAGACGGCAAACCCAUAAUAUCAAAGAUUGGAACUGUGGGCCCCAAACAAGAAGCCAAGGCUUGCAUUCAGUUCAAGCCCACCAUUGCUGGUUCUGGUGCACUUCUGGUCAAUUUUGACAGCGACAAACUGAAGAACAUCAAGAGCUUUAUCAGUGUUGUUGUGAAGUAAAGAACCUGUACAGAGUCAAACCAACAAAUUUUUGUUGGUGACAUUUACAUAGUUAACAGUGUAAAGUUAUCAAGCCCCCAACACAAGGAUGUUUUUUUGGUUUUUUUAAUAACAAAAUUAAACUAACCAAAUGAAUAAACUUUGUUUAAUUUUAUUUAAAAAGACAUUUAUGUGCAGUGUCUUAAGAGUAAGCAGCAAGAAAACAAAUAACGAAAAACAAGGCACUAAUGAAUAACUAAUGAAUUAACAAUGUCUGAGGGUGUGUUUCAAGCUAUUAGUGAAUAUAUAAAGACAAAACUGUACAUACAGGAGGCACACUUGUUUCUAGUGCAACACAUUUUUCAGAAGAAAAAAAGACUUUACUAAACAGAAUGUAGAGUGUUAUAUGGGUGAACAGUAAGACUGCACUGCACACUGAAAAAAAUGGAUAUCGCCACCACUUGGAUUGUUACCCACAUUACAUAUGCCUACAUGAUAAUGAAAACACUGUAGAUGUUUGUUCCAUGAUUCUGCACCAUUGCAGACAGGUAUGAAUAUAGCAUUUUUUGUUCAUACAUUAUCUUAAAUUUAACAGAACUUCUCUGAAAUCAGAUAAUUAAAAAUGGCAGAUUAAUGUGCU